AUGGAUAGUAUGAAUAAAGGUAUAAUUACCUAUAUUUAUUUAGAAAAUUUUGUAACUUAUAAUAAAGUUUGUAUAAAACCUGGGAGAAAUUUGAAUGUUAUUAUUGGUCCUAAUGGUACUGGUAAAUCAACAAUUGUUUGUGCCAUUGUACUUGGGUUAGGAGGUAAACCUAGUACCAUUGGUCGUGCCAUUCAUGUAGCUGAUUAUGUAAAAAGAGGGUGUGAAGAAGCAAAAAUUGAAAUUCACCUCAAAAAUGGCAAAAAGAGUGAUGUUGUCAUUCAAAGAAUAUUUAAUAUAAAUGGGAAAUCUUUAUGGUUCCUUGAUGAAAGACCAUCAAAUAUUAAAGAAAUACAAGAAUUAAUAAAAACUUUUAACAUUCAAGUGGAUAAUCUCUGCCAAUUUCUUCCACAAGAUAAAGUACAAGACUUUUCAAAAAUGAAUGCACAAGAAUUAUUAGAAAAUACAGAAAGAUCAGUUGGUGAUCCCAUAAUAUUAGAACAUCACAAAAACUUGAUACAAUAUAGGAUAGAUCAUAAAGAUUUAGAAAAAGAGAUUGAAAGCAAAAAGAAAAUAUUAGAAACAAAAUCUCAAAUAUAUGAAGGUUUAAAAGAAAAUGUUAGUAGUAUAAAAGAAAAGAAAUUAAUAAAGAAGAAAAUUAUUAGCUUAAAACAGAAAAAAGCAUGGAUAUUAUAUGAUCAAAAACGUAGAGAAUUGCUCAAGUUGAGAAAAAAAAAGGAAACUGCAGUAUCUGUAGUAACAUCAUUAGAAGAAGACAUAAAACCUAUUAAUGAUGCAAUAGAAAAAAUAAAAUCAGAAAUUGGACAAUUACAAAAUUCUGUUUCAGAUCAUAGUAAUAAAAUUAAGAUCAAAAAUACAAAAUUAAAAAAAAUGAUGGAUGAUAUUCUAGAUUGUGAAAAUAAUAUUAAAGAUUAUGAAAAUACAUGCAAGCAUAAAAUUCAAAUGGAAGAAGCUCGAGAUCACGAUAUUGAUAUUGCACAACAACAGAAAAACAAACUUGAUAACGAUUUAUUACUAAUGUUAAAAGAUAUUGGAUCUGAAGAAAAUUUAAUGAAAAAACGACAAGAAAUAUUAUCCAAUGUAGAAAACAAGAGAAAUAUAAUUAACAUGUUAACAAAUAAAAAUUCAGGAUUAAAACAAGAAGAAGAACGUUUAAGUCUUGAAAUUAGAGCUCAAGAAACAGAGUUACAACUUCUUAACAUUGAAACAAAACGUUUAGAAUUAUUAAGGGAAAGAAGUAUUGAUACAUAUAAAGCAGUACAAUGGUUGAGAGAAAAUCAAAAUAAAUUUUCUAGUACAAUACACGAACCGAUAUUGCUUAAUAUAAAUGUAAAAGAUGCUUCAUAUGCAAAAUAUUUGGAAAAUGUUAUUCCAUUUAGGGAUUUGAUAGCAUUUGUCUGUGAAAAUAAACGAGAUAUGAAUAUGUUAUUGCAUUAUUUAAGAGACGAGCAAAAAUUACAAGUAAAUGUUGUACAUUCUGAUCCUAUGAGAAAUGUUUCUAUGAAUCCGGCAGUUCCGUUACACCAUAUUGAACAAUUUGGUUUUACCCAUUAUCUAGUAUCAUUAAUUGAAGCUCCGAGUAUUAUAAUGAAAUAUUUAGUAGCUAUGUAUAAUCUAAACAACAUACCUGUAGGAACAAAUCAAGUUGAUAAUAACAUUGAUCAUAUACCUAAUAAUAUACGUUACUAUUUUAGUGUAAACAAUGUGUACAUGGUAAAUAGAUCUAAAUAUACGGGAGAAAAAUCUAUUGGAAUGCAACCAGUAUCAAGUACAGGAAUGUUAUCUAUUGUAUUAGAUAAAUCAAGACUAUUAAACGUUGAAGAAAAAUUGAAAAUAUUAAAAGAAAGGAAAAGUAAUGUAUUUAAUAAAAUUAAACAAAUUGACGAGCAAGUACAUGAACAAAAUAAGGAGUUAGAUGAAUAUAGAAUUAGCAGAAACAAAUAUCAACAGGAUCUCCAACAAAUACAAACUCUAAAAUCUAGAAUAUCUAUGAUACAGAAAAAGAUUGUAGAUCUGCAAAAUGAGCGAACCAGUAUUGAGAAAAUACAAGAAUCUUCUGCUAAUGAAAUAAAGAUAACUAUGGAUAAACAAUUAAAAAUUUAUAAGGCAUAUAAUACUGAAUUAGAAGAUUGUUUUAAAUGCAUUACAGCCAGUGAAGAAACUGAAUUAGCAUUAAAAUUACAUAAUAAAUCCUUAAGAGUAAAAAUAAACGAUUCUCAAGAUUUGAGAGAAAAACUUAAAGCAGCUGAAGAUAAAGUAAAACAAUUUAUCUCUGAACUGCAUCCACUGAGAAAAGAAGUUGAGAGAAUAUAUAAUGAAGCAUUAGAAACUACCGAUGGUAUUAGCCCUCAAGAUGAUGCAUUUGCAGCUAUAAAUAAAGUAUUUAAUAAAUUACCGCCAACUAUAGAAGAGAUUAAUAAUGAAUUGAACAUUGCGCAAGCAAAAGUAUUCUGUAUGGGAAAUAAUAUAGAUGGUGAAAAUGUAUUACAUGAAUAUGAACAAGUAGAGCAAGAUAUACAUCAAUUAAAAGAUAUUAUUCAAAGAAAAACACAUGAAUUAGAAACAAUUACACAAAGCAUAGAAACAUUACGAAAAGAAUGGUUAACACCUUUGUCACAAACCAUUGAAAAAAUUAAUUCUAAUUUUAGUAUGUAUUUCUCAGCAAUGGGUUGUGCUGGUGAAGUUAUUUUGGCGCAACCAGAGAACAAUAUGGAGUUUGACCAAUAUGGUCUAAAAAUUAAAGUAAAAUUUAGAGAUACUGAUCAAUUGCAAGAAUUAACGCGACAUCAUCAAAGUGGUGGAGAAAGAGCUGUGACUACUGCUAUUUAUAUGAUUUCACUUCAGGAAUUAUCAAGAGUGCCUUUCCGUUGUGUGGAUGAAAUUAAUCAGGGUAUGGAUGCAGUAAAUGAAAGAAGAGUAUUUAAUUUGCUUGUAAAAAUGACUGGAAGACCAAAUAGUUCUCAAUAUUUUUUACUUACGCCAAAGUUGUUACCUGAUUUACAAUAUUCAGAGACAGUUACAGUACAUUGUGUAUUUAAUGGGCCAUUUAUGAUUAAUCAUACAGAAUUUGAUACAAAACAAUAUUGCAGUUUCAUUACUAAGACAAUGGAAAAGGAAAUUGAGAAUAAUGAUUAACUAUUAAGAUAUUUUGUUAUACUGAUAUUGUAUUAUACAAUAUCAGAAUACUUAUAAUAUACUUAUGAUAUGAUAUAGAUAUAUUUAUAUAAGAAGUAUAGUUUAUAUUAUUGUUAUUUUUAUUUUUAUGUAUUUUUCUACUUCUAUAUUUGAAAUGCAAGUAAUCUUAAAUGAAAAAAUAUAUUUUU